CUCCUCCAAAGAACGUCGUCGAAUAGCUCGCUAUUGAUCGAUCGAGCGGAGCACAAACCCGUAACCAUUCCCAGAGAAGAUCCGGGCGCCUUGUUUACACUGGUGACAGCACAGCUACGUCUAGGAUAGCAGCGCAGUAGUCUAUAGUCUGCAUUUAAAGGCCUACCUCAAACUUCAACGAUGGCUUCCUCCGAUGAUUACGACUACGAUGCUCUGGUAGAGAAGAUGAAGGCGUUUGCUCUGACACAGACCAAGAAUGCCUCCAAGAUGGACAGCAAGACAGUGGGCAAGCUGGCCAAGGAAUGCUGGCCCAAGGCGCUGCAGCCGAGGAUCGAUUCCAGUGUGUUCCCCAAAGUGAUGGACAAAACCACCAAGAGCAUCAAUCUGGACAACAAAGAGCAAGUUCAGAAAUUCAUUGCGGAGGCUUCAAUUCAGUACGAUGACGUCACCAAGAAAACCAAAGAGUUCAAGAAACACGAGAAAUUUUUGGCUGAUAAAGUCAUCGCCUCUGACCUUGGAAUCAAAAAGACGGCGAUUUCCAAGACCGGCGGAGUUGACAAGAUGACGGACGCUUCCAAGUACACCGGGGCCCACAAGGAGCGGUUUGACGACUCUGGGAAGGGUAAGGGCGCGGCCGGCCGCUCGGACAAGGCGGAAAACACCGGGUACGUGGGGAACUACAAGGGCCAGGGCACGUUCGACAAAAAGUAGGAACGGAUAGAAACGGAUCUCCGCAACACGCACCAUAAAUCUAUUUAUUUGUCAUGUGAAUUGUUAUAGACGCUGUGUGUAUAUAUAUACAUCCAUUUUAUACUAUUCAUCGAGUUGAACUUUUGAGUGUCUUUGAAUGUAGUUUCCGUCCUUUAAAAUCUGCAUUGAAUAUCUUAUACAAUUAAGUCCGAUAUUUGAAUGUUCUUAACAAUAUUUAUUGUCCAUCUAGCAAUAAAUUUAACUUAUCGUGCAAUAGGUGUGUUUAAACUCGACAUUCUGUGCAGUUUGUUCCGUUGAAAUAUAUGUUUACGAAGUAAGUCAAUUUAAAUUAUUACAAAUUCUAAGAUUUGUUGAUGUCUAAAGUUUCUUUAUAAAAUUCCUGCAAUAAAGUUUCUUUGUUCUGUAUUUGUCAAGUGCGACUUUUAAAUGUUAGGCUGAAGGAGAGGUUUAAUCAUGUUUACAUUUUAUGCACUUGAAUAAAUCGAUAACGCAAA